AAGCUUGCCGCCACGGAGUUUUCCGACUAUGCUCUUGUGUGGUGGAACAAGCUACAAAAGGAGAGAGCAAGAAAUGAAGAGCCAAUGGUUGAUACAUGGACGGAGAUGAAAAAGAUCAUGAGGAAGCGAUAUGUGGCGGCUAGUUACUCAAGGGACUUGAAAUUCAAGCUCCAAAAACUAACCCAAGGCAACAAGGGGGUUGAGGAGUAUUUCAAGGAAAUGGAUGUGCUCAUGAUUCAAGCAAAUAUUGAAGAAGAUGAGGAGGUAACUAUGGCUCGAUUUCUUAAUGGUUUGACUAAUGAUAUCCGUAAUAUUGUUGAGCUGCAGGAGUUUGUUGAAAUGGAUGAUUUGCUUCACAAAGCAAUCCAAGUAGAGCAACAAUUAAAAAGGAAAGGAGUGGCUAAGAGGAGUUUUACCAACUUUGGUUCUUCUAGUUGGAAAGACAAAGGUAAGAAAGAUGGGGCUGCUACUUCUAGUAGUUCCACACCUAUCCCAUCAAAAACUCGCUCAAAGUCCCAAGAGGAACCCUCUAAAAGGAGUAGAGAUGUGAAGUGUUUCAAGUGCCAAGGCCUAGGACACUAUGCUUAUGAGUGCCCUAACAAAAGGUCCAUGGUUCUUAGAGAUGGAGAAUAUAUAAGUGAAUCUGAUGUUGAAGAGGAAGAGGAGAGUGAGUACGUAGAGGAAGAGGAGAGUGAGUACGUAGAGGAAGAGGAGACUCCGGAGGGAGAUUUGUUGAUGAUUAGGCGGUUACUUGGUGGUCAAUUGAAGCAUGAGGAGGAGAGCCAAAGAGAAAACAUCUUUCACACUAGAUGUUUAAUCAAUGGCAAGGUGUGCAUGGUGAUCAUUGAUGGAGGUAGUUGCACCAAUGUGGCUAGUGCUAGAUUAGUGUCAAAGCUAAAUUUAGCUACUAAACCACAUCCUAGGCCAUACAAACUUCAAUGGCUUAGUAAGGAUGGGGAGGUGCAAGUGAGGCAGCAAGUGGAAGUGGACGUUUCCAUUGGGAAAUACAAUGAUAAGGUACUUUGUGAUGUUGUUCCUAUGGAGGCCAGUCACUUACUUUUGGGGAGACCAUGGCAAUUUGAUAAAAGAGAUUUUCAAGACAUGUUUCCACCAAAUGUGCCAAAUGGACUACCACCUUUGAGGGGAAUUGAGCAUCAAAUUGAUCUCAUUCCGGGAGCUUCUUUGCCCAAUAGGCCAGCCUAUAGAAGUAAUCCACAAGAAACCAAAGAGAUUCAAAGACAAGUGGAUGAACUCAUUAGCAAAGGUUGGGUAAGAGAUAGUAUGAGUCCUUGUGCUGUCCCAGUGAUUUUGGUCCCUAAAAAGGAUGGGACAUGGCGUUUUGUUGUGAGUUCAAAAGGAGUGCAAGUUGAUGAGGAGAAGGUUAGGGCUAUUCAAGAAUGGCCUACACCUAAGUCUGUGACCGAGGUGAGGAGUUUUCAUGGCUUAGCAAGUUUUUAUAGACGAUUUGUGAAGGAUUUUAGCACAUUGGCAGCACCUCUCAAUGAAGUGCUCAAGAAAAAUGUUGGUUUCAAAUGGGGAGAGAAACAAGAAGAAGCUUUCAAUGUUCUUAAGCAAAAGCUAACUAAUGCCCCCAUACUUGCGUUGCCAAACUUUCAAAAAUCUUUUGAAAUUGAGUGUGAUGCUUCAAAUGUUGGGAUUGGGGCUGUGUUGAUGCAAGAAGGCCAUCCAAUUGCUUAUUUUAGUGAAAAGUUAAGUGGUCCUACCCUUAACUAUUCAACUUAUGAUAAGGAGUUGUAUGCCUUAGUACGGGCUUUGAAAACAUGGCAACACUACCUUUAUCCCAAGGAAUUUGUCAUUCAUAGUGACCAUGAGUCCCUCAAAUAUAUCAAGGGGCAAGGCAAGCUUAACAAAAGGCAUGCGAAGUGGGUGGAAUUCCUAGAGCAAUUCCCUUAUGUUAUCAAACAUAAAAAGGGAAAAGGUAAUAUUGUAGCCGAUGCUCUUUCUCGGCGUCAUGAAGGCUUUCUUUUCAAAGAAAACAAAUUGUGUGUGCCUAAAUGUUCUACUAGAAAUUUGCUUGUUUGUGAAGCACAUGAAGGAGGUUUAAUGGGGCAUUUUGGGGUCCAAAAGACUCUAGAAACAUUACAAGAACAUUUUUAUUGGCCUCAUAUGAAAAAGGAUGUGCAGAAAUUUUGUGAACAUUGCAUUGUAUGUAAAAAGGCAAAGUCUAAGGUAAAGCCUCAUGGAUUGUAUACUCCAUUGCCAAUUCCGGAGUAUCCUUGGAUUGAUUUAUCCAUGGAUUUUGUUUUGGGGCUGCCAAAAACAAGCAAUGGUAGAGAUUCCAUUUUUGUGGUUGUUGAUAGGUUUUCUAAAAUGGCUCAUUUUAUUCCAUGUAAAAAAGUUGAUGAUGCUUCCCAUGUGGCUGAUUUGUUUUUCAAGGAGAUUGUGAGACUCCAUGGUUUGCCAAGGAGCAUUGUUAGUGAUAGGGACUCUAAGUUCCUAAGCCAUUUUUGGAGGACUUUGUGGAGCAAGUUGGGCACUAAAUUGUUAUUUUCAACCACUUGUCACCCACAAACCGAUGGGCAAACGGAAGUUGUUAAUAGGACUUUGGGAACUUUGCUUAGGACAGUUUUGAGGAAGAACUUAAAAACUUGGGAAGCUUGUUUACCCCAUGUUGAAUUUGCUUACAAUAGAGCUGUUCAUAGCACCACUAAUUGUUCUCCUUUUGAAGUUGUUUAUGGUUUUAACCCACUAACUCCUCUUGAUCUUUUGCCUAUGCCUAAUGUUUCGGUGCACAUGAGAAAAGAAAGGUUUCCGGAACAAAGGAAAUCAAAGCUUCAACCAAGGGGAGAUGGACCAUUUCAAGUGCUUGAAAGAAUCAAUGACAAUGCUUACAAAGUUGAGCUGCCCGAUGGAGAAUCCGAUUUGAGGACAAAUCCUUCUCAAGAGGGAGAG